AUGUCAUCAUCUGGACUGAAAUGUCGUUUAAAAAUCAGUCUACUUACAUUUAGCAAUAUCAUUCCUGCUGUUUCAUUAAUUAUAGCUGAUCGACCUGUUAUCAAAGAAAUGAUUUUCCCGAUCUAUUCAAUGGGUUUAGCUCCUAAUCUAGUUGCUGUAGCUGUAUUACAUUGCUGUUGUCCUGAAUAUGAUGAUGAUAGUGAUGGUACUCUCUUCUAUUUUAUAUGGAGGGUGAAUAUACAUGAAAUGCCAAGUGAAGAUGAAGUGAGACUACUGCUCGUGGCUGACUCUCAUGUUGAAGGAUACCACUCAAAAUUAUACCUUAUAAAUGAGAUAUUACAAACUGACAGUGACGAUUAUCUUCGUUUCUAUUUCUUAAAAGCUGUGCAGUUUACUAAUCCGGAUGGUGUUAUUUUUCUUGGAGAUCUUCUUGAUGCAGGGGAUACUUCAGCUGAUUCAGAUUUCUUACCCUCCAUGUCACGCUUCCGUGAGAUAUUUCUUCCCGAGAAGGAUUUAUUUACUUUUCUAGUACCUGGAGACAAUGAUGUCGGUGGCGAAGGUGUUUCUGUGACAGAUGCAAGAUUGAGUCGUUUCUACGGUAGCUUUCCUGCCAAAUCUACGCAACAUAAGUGUAAAUUCGUCAACUUUUAUUCAGAUAAUAUGUCUUCUGGAACGAACGUUGAUAUCCAAAGUGAAAAAUCCCCCGAUGAAAUCAAUGUGUUCAUAAGUCAUUUUCCAGUAGCCACUCAAUAUCAUACUUGGUUUCCUAUUAAGCUGCUUCAGUCCAAUGCUUCUCUGUGUAUUCACGGGCAUCUUCAUAGAAGUCAAGUCAUUCACUGGAAGAACUCUAAAGGAUCAGAAAAUUCAGAAGCAAGCAUUUCAUGGCUACAAGCUGCUAACUUCAUUAGAACACCUAGAGAACCAUUACACUUCAAAUUAACUGACAGUGUACAUUAUGUGAAGUUCAGCAGUGAGCCAACGUUUGUCGAAACUUUAAAGGCAUAUGGUGAACUGAUUUCCAUUGGUGUACCAUCAUGUACAUAUCGUUCAGGUUUCCCUCAUUUAAAUGGUAUUGGUUUACUACAAAUAUACAGGAAUAAAUCUGUUACAUACUCUGUAUUGCCAUUAUAUAACCGGUAUUACACAUUAUUUUUCUAUGCCUUAUUGACUACAACACUCUUAGGACUACAAUUUAUUUCAUAUAGCGUUGUUCUUUUAUUCAAGUUAAGAUUUAGGCGAAAUAUUUUCAUCAUGACAGCGUCUACUCUACUUCUAUUCAUUAUCUAUUUUGAAUGCGAUUAUUUCAUUAAUGUUGGAAAAUUAUUUUAA